CAUUCAGCCCCUCACUGAUUCACUCUAUCGGCGUGUGUUGGAGAGGCUCGCUAGCUUCAUUGAGUACUCGCCGGGCAGUGCACCUUUUUUUUUUGGAGGGGUCCGCCCGUGAAAAUUGCACAGCAGGUUCAAAGGGACCGGUGAAAUUUUCCCCUCUGCGGUUGUUCAACGCAGCGACUGCGCCACACUUGAGGCACACGGCUAUCAGUGGCUAGUAGCAGACUAGCAUCCUUCCAACUGACUGGAUCAAGGUGUUGAUAGCAGCUAGCCUCGGUGCUAAUCAGCCUUCAGCCCAGAACCCGCUUGUUUGUACCGCCAGUGACCACGGUGCUCCUAGGGAGAGACGGUGUGCUUCCGUCGGGUUCACUUGACACCAUCACACCCAUCACCUCUUUCCCCUUCUCCCUCUCCCUCCCACCCGAAACACUGGACAUCCACAAGCGGCCGGAGAGCGGCGACGGGCCGGUGAAGCUGGGGGUGGUCUCGUUGCCCGACGCUCUCGGAGUCGUCCCGGCUCCAGCCGACAAGCACAGCCCCGGGGAGCUGCCAUCAAGUAUGGACGGGCUGGCCGUGGAAGUUCGUGGCUCGAACGGGGCCUUCUAUAAGGGUUAUAUCAAGGAUGUCCAUGAUGACUCGCUCAGCAUAGUGUUUGAAAACAACUGGCAGCCAGAGCGACAGUUACCCUUCAGCGACGUGCGGUUGCCACCUCCGACCGACUACCAAAAGGAAAUUGGCGAAGGAGAGGAGGUGGAGGUUUACUCCAGGGCCAAUGAACAGGAGCCGUGUGGCUGGUGGCUCGCCCGGGUCCGAAUGAUGAAGGGAGAGUUCUACGUGAUCGAAUAUGCGGCGUGUGACGCCACUUACAACGAGAUUGUCACAGCAGAGCGCAUCAGGCCUCUCAACCCCAACAGCCCCUCUUCGCAAAAAUCCUUUCACAAAGUCAUCAUCGCUGUCCCGGAGGACCUACGGGAGAUCUGUGCAGGUGACAACAUUCACAAAGACUUCAGGAAAGCUAUUGGCGCCAACUGCAUCUUCUACAGUGCCCAAUCACAUGAACUCAUUGUGCUGUCUACAAACGAAACAACAACAAAGCGUGCUACCCUUCUCAGCGACAUGCACUUCCGCAGUAUCCGUACCAAGCUAAUGUUAAUGUCCCGAAACGAGGAAGCCACCAAACAUUUGGAGACAAGCAAGCAGUUGGCCUCUGCCUACCAGGAGGAGGUUCGGGUACGAGAGGACCUGAUGGGGCUUGCCAUCGGCUCCCAUGGCGCCAACAUCCAACAGGCCCGAAAGGUGCCUGGUGUCACCGCUAUCGAGCUGGAAGAAGAGAGUUGUACUUUCAGGAUCUAUGGAGAGAGCCCAGAGGCAGUGAGGCAAGCUCGAGAGUUUCUUGAGUUCAAAGAAGACUACUUUCAAGUACCUAGGAACCUCGUAGGCAAAGUCAUCGGUAAGAGUGGCAAAGUCAUACAGGAGAUUGUGGACAAGUCGGGUGUGGUCCGCGUCAGGAUCGAGGGAGACAACGACAAAAAGCUUCCUCGGGAGGAGGUAGGCAGGCAGGGGGCAGGCAGAGACGACACUGCCAGCAGCAAAGAGGGCAUGGUUCCCUUUGUGUUUGUUGGAACUAAGGAAAACAUCAGCAACGCGCAGGCACUGCUGGAGUACCACGUGUCCUAUCUACAGGAGGUGGAGCAGCUGCGACUUGAGCGUCUCCAGAUUGACGAGCAGCUCCGCCAGAUCGGGGUGGGCUAUCGUGCAACUCAGAGUAGAACCGGGGGUGGCGGCGGUGGCGGUGGCGGUGGCGGUGGUGGUGGCGGCGGUGAUCAACGAGAGAAAGGCUACUUGACUGACGAGAGCGGCAACUCGCUCCACACCUCCCGCACAUACGGGGGUCGUGGCAGAGGACGCAGAGCUUCCAACAGCCAGUACCCUGGAUAUGGGACAAACUCUGAGCUUUCCAAUGCCUCUGAGUCAGAGGACUUCAGUGAGCGAGAUCAACGACCCCGUGGCAUUGGUGCAGAGGAAAGAAGCUCCCGGCGCGGUGGCAGGGGGAGAGGCUCCAACCCUGGACGAGGACGAGGCGGGCCAGGGUCUAAGCCUUCCAAUUCUAUCAGCUCCGUGCUGAGGGACCCAGACAGUAACCCUUACUCUCUGCUGGAGGGUGAGGGAGAGCAGGCAGACACAGACAUCAGCGAAGGCAUGGGAGAAGACCGCCGAAGGCGCUCCCGCCGCCGCCGCAACGACCAGGAACCCAGUGUGAUGGAUGCCGCAGCAGAGUCCGAUGGCCAGGCCGGGCCCAGCGAGAACGGCCUGGAUGACGAAGGCCGACCUCAGCGACGCAACCGAAGCCGCCGUCGCCGUAACCGUGGCAGUCGCCCCGAGGGAGGCUCCACUAGCCGUGACAGACAGCCAGCUGAUAGUGUGACCGUUGCGGACUAUAUAUCUCGUCCCGAGUCCCAGAGCAGACAGAACCUUCCCCAAAAGGAGAACCAUACUGGCGCUGAGCCCAAGGAGAAUGGGACUAGCAGCAAAAAGGAUGAGCGAACGCCCUCCAAGCGUUCCCCCAGCAACGGCACAACGCCGGCCAGCGAGACGCUGACGUUGGUCAACGGCGUCUCGUAAUGAGACGGCCUCACCCCUCGCGAAACUCAUGUCUCAAGCAAGAAGACUCCAUGGCAAACUGUCCCUGCUUGCAUUAACUUAAACCUUAAACAGAUGAGUGAGAAGUACCUGACAAAAUACCUGAAUCCAUACUAUGAAAGUGAAAAAACCCGACAAACGCAUCUACUUAAAAAUACACGGUGUAUGCUAUCCUAUCUAUCAGUACUUAGUGCUUAUUUAAAAAAACAAACUAGCUUGCCAAAAAGAGCUGGUGGAUAUGACUUGAUUUUUAAGGAAAAUACUGAGACACAACAAACAGGACUAGACAUUUUGAGGGGCUUUUGUUAUUUUCCUUGUGAGCGUGUUUGUAUGUAUGUAUGUAUGUAUGUAUGUAUGUGUGUGCGUGCGUGUGUGUGUGUAUAUGUUUCGUUCAUUGUUUAUCACUGGCGUGGACUCUGCAGUCGCUAUCUCUCCACUGAAACAAUGUCUCUAAAUGGCGUUAAAAGCGCAGGUGAGACAGGAGAGUGGCAUGAGCACAGAUGGUCCAAUGCGACGACGCAGUGUUCACACUCAGAGGCUGGAAUAUUGAUAGACAUUGUGCCUUGAAUUAGAAAAAAAGUUUUUUUUCACGAAGAGAAGUUCUGUGUUUUGUUUCAGUUCUGAGGGGAGAACUGACUGAGGGAGUUGUAAAAGUGCUUGGAGGAGUGGCUUGGAGGGGGGGGAAAUAGACAAGCUGCGUGCCAAACACCAGAAUCAAGUCAGUUUCCUCAUUCCGGAUAGAGUAGAUGAUGUGGCGGCUCAGUGGCAACUUAUUUGACGAUCACAAAACUAAAAACAAAAGCCCUGUCUGAUCUCGACACAGGAAGGAUGGUGUGAAGUAAUGUGUCUCCUCCUUUCACCUGUCUUAGGUCUGUCCAGGAGGGUAAAGGGCAGUGUCCCAAGCAGCUGCCUUUCUUUUUAACACGACAAAUAAAAACAUCAAAGUAGCGCUAGCUUCCAUUCACAAUCUCCAAAAAACCAUGGCAGUGCACCGCUCCGGAUGCUCAUGAGGGUAGAUCACCCCUAAGAGGCGGCGGCGGCGGCAGGCAUGUGCUGCCGGUGGAAGAGGGCCCAGGCGAGGGGCAACAGAACUGUGGGGACAGCUUCAAAUGAAAUGAGAGCCACAUGCAAACAAACACCACCAAGGUGGUGGUUGCCUCGCCUGGCACACAACCGAGCGAGGUGUUGGGCGAGUGAUGUAAGAGUCUUCGGCGACUCUGCUCAUGUUACUGUUGUCUUGGUUAUUGCUCUUUUUUUCUUUUGUUGCUAUUUCCACAUCUUAGAAAAUAUGAAAUAAAAAAUGGAAGUAAAAUGUA